CCGGAAGGACCGCGCUGGAUGACGGAAAUAAACAACCGUGUGGCAAGAAAGAAGCACGCCUGCGGAGUAAAGACAGAGACAUGGAUGUGUGUGUGGCCGCAUUGUGUUUUAUAACUGGAGUCUGUUGGAAGCAACGGUGUGAUAAAGGUGGGCUGAUCUGGUGGAAUCUCCUUGCUAAUGACAGAGCUUAUCAGUGUUCUGCUAAAUUGCAAAGUUUUAUGGAGCGUGUAAACCUGAAUUCAACAGAUAAGUAGCUUUUGUUAUUAUGAGAUGCUCCAAACACAGAUCUAGCUAAUGAUGGCUCUCCCUCCGCCAGCUCCAAAGUUUGAUCUCAGAGGAAUAGGUUCAGAAGUAAAUUGCUUGCAUUUCAGUUGUGUGGCACCCGACCCUUGUCCACCAGUUCUUUUUUCUGGGGUGACUAAUGGACUGGUCCAUGUGUGGAAUCUCACUACUCGCAGAACGCUAUCCGUACUUGAUGGUCACGGUGGAAAAUCUGUUUACUGGGUGCAAGCACUUCACAACAAAGACUCACUCCUAAGUCAAGGCAGAGAUCUACAGAUUUGCACGUGGAACUUAGCUGAAGGGAGGAAUGAAGUGAUUGACUCUUUACCUUUGGAGAGUGUCGGAUUCUGCAAAUGUUCCUUAGUAAAAACUGAACCCAUUCUUUUGGCUAUGCCAGGGAGAGAGAACUCUGAGGUUCAAGUUUUGGAUCUGCUAUCUAAGAAGAUUGUCUGUUCAAUGAACCCUAAAGGAGAUAACAGAUGGGGCAUGGCUAUGUGCAUGAAAUUAUGGCAGCCUGAGUCAGGGUCCAGUCCAUUGCUUCUUGUUGGAUAUGAAGAUGGCUCUGUGGCCCUCUGGCAUGUGAUGGAACACAAAUUGUUAAGCAGGCUCACAUGCCAUAAGGAGCCUGUUAUGAGCCUUGACUUUGACUGCAAACAGGGCAGAGGGGUUUCCGGAUCCUCUGAUAAAAUACUAAAUGUCUGGAGCCUUGACGAACAGCAGAACCUUAAGGAUUACAAAUCACAAGUGCUGAUCAAUCCAGGAAUUGCUGAUAUUGUUCUAAGGUUGGACAGGAAGAUUUUAGCUACAGCUGGCUGGGACCAUCGUAUUCGAAUAUUUGGAUGGAAGAAAAUGAAGCCUUUAGCAGUGUUACAGCACCACACUGCAACAGUGCACUGUGUGACUUUUUCAGAUCACAUUAAGCCUGAAGACAGACUGUUGGCUGCUGGCUCAAAAGACCACCGCAUCAGCUUAUGGUCAAUAUAUCCGUAAAUAAAAAACAUAAACAACAA